GGAGAAAGCACUCUUUUAUGGUAACUUCCUGAACAAGCAGAUUCUUACAGUUUGUAUUUAGAGAAAGGCUUCUCUGAGUGAAAAAUGGCUCCUCCUCAUGAACACCACAAAACUGCUCAUGAUGUGGGUUCUCCAACUAAUCCUAUGCCGUUCCUGGGUCAGGACUAUAAGAAGCUGCUCCACAAAUCUCUCAGUAGAAAUGAGCUGUACAUUGAUGAGUUGUUCCCUCCAAACAGCAGCUCUAUUGGCACUCUGGAUAAAGAAGCUGAUCUGGACUACAAUAAAAUCGAGUGGAAGAGGCCAUCAGAACUAGUGUCUCCCGGUAAACCUUUCUUCAUUGUUAAAGGAAUGUCAAGGUUUGACUACAAACAAGGGUCCAAAUUAGGAAACUGUUGGUUUUUGGCUUCAAUUGGGGCUUUAACCCCGACAGAUGAGAAGACAUGGUCUUUGAAGAAAGAUAUCAUAAACCAAGUCAUUCCAGCUAAUCAGUCAUUCAGCAACAAUUAUGCAGGGAUAUUUCACUUCAGGUUUUGGCGGUUUGGGAAAUGGAUUGAUGUUGUUGUUGAUGAUCUACUUCCAACAAUCAAUGGCGAUCUCAUUUUUGUAUGUCCAAAAACAUCUAAUGAGUUUUGGCCUGCCUUGCUGGAGAAGGCUUAUGCAAAGGUGUGCGGAUCUUAUGCGGACCUGAAUGGUGGAUUCAUAUCUGAGGCCCUGAUGGACUUCACUGGUGGGGUGCACAUGGAGUUUGUGCUGAAUGAAGCUCCUGAUCAUCUGUGGGACAUUAUGGAUCGUGCAGCCAAGUCACAAACACUUAUGGGCUGUAGUACUUACAACAGCGAAUCACGUGAAGCUGUGUCAUCCAGUGGCCUUGUUGGGGGUCAUGCUUACACUGUGACAGGGGUUUCCAAGGUGAUGAGUAAAGGAAAUCCAGUUCAUCUGGUGAGAGUGUUAAACCCAUGGGGAGAUACAGAGUGGAAUGAAGCCUGGAGUGACAAAUCAUCUUUGUGGAACACAGUGAGUAAGAAGGACCUCAAGUGGCGUGAAAAUCUUGACAAUGGGGAGUUCUGGAUGUCAAUGGAAGAUUUCACCAGAAACUUUGAAAGCCUGGAUAUCUGCUGUCUCUGUCCUGAUUUUCUGGAUAGAUCCUCUGGAUGUCACUGGAAAUCACAACGCAAUUUUGGCAAAUGGAUUGCUGGGACUACAGCUGGUGGUUCCAUGGACAAUAUAGGGACUUUCUGGAAAAACCCUCAGUUUCGUGUGAGGAUUGAGGAGCUUAGUGAGGACUGUACGCAUGAGGAGGGUGCUGAAAACUUACUGGUGUCUCUCAUGCAGAACCACGAGAAGAGAAACAGAAGUAGCCAAAAAAACUACAAGAUUGGUUUCUAUAUUUUUAAGAUAAGAGAUAAGAGUGGGAAGUUCUCAGCUGAGUUCUUCGAUGACAAAACACCUGUAGUAGCGAAGUCUUUCGAAAAUUUAAGAGAGGUGAUGGAAUUUGUCUGGCUGGAGCCAGGAGAGUAUCUGAUUGUACCAUGUACGAAGAAUCCCGGUAAAACGGCCUCCUUCGUCCUGUCUAUUUUUUCAAAGCACGAGACACGCUUUGAAUACAUCGAAGAGACUGAGGAGGAUGAAGACGAUCCCUGAUGAGAGUGAACCUGCACACAAAAUGGCUUCUUCGAGAAAUAAGUCAGCUUAUGCUUAAUCACUUUUUCUUUGUUGAUUAAUGCUCAUUUCAGAGUGGGUAUCAAGUUGUUGUUGUUUUUUAAUCUUUUUAAUCUUUUUUUUUUCCUCAAAAAAAAAAAAAAAAAAAAAUCAGUUUGUAUUAUCUCUAUGUGUGAUCACUGUUAACAGCACAUGCAUUCUAAUGAAUUCUCUGAUUGUUGAUUGAUUUACUGUGUAGUUAUGUACUUUUUCCCCAGAAAUUGAUUUGUUAGUGGUGUACUAUUACUUGCAUGGUAAUAAAUAUAUACAGUUUA